AUGUGUACACGCACUUUUGGAUGCUGCCAAAGGAGGAAGAAAGAAAGUAUCGGUGACAGUAGCUAUGACAACUCAAAUUCUGCCCAUUUUGACUCACAAGCAAAUAAGUUACUUCUGGAGAAAAAGACAAAGGUUGCCUGCAGAACUUUGCCAGAGGAUCUGAACGACAAGGGGCUUGCACGGUUCCUGAGGGCAUUUGGCACAGUGGAUAAGGCUCUGACUGCAAUCCUCAGUUACCUGAAGUGGAGGAAAGAGUUUGGCGUUGACUUUAUUACUGCUGAUAGCCCCGAAAUCAAAGUUGAAAUGAAAUCUGGUAAAGCUGUGCUUCUUGAGGAAAGAGACUUAAUGAGCAGGCCCAUCAUAAUGGUAAGAGCCAGAAUGCACAACCCAAAGGAGCGGAACCUCCAGAAUCUAACGAGAUUCAUCGUGUACCUGCUGGAGUCUGCGUCCAAGAAAUGUAAUGAUGACAUGUGCGAUAAUUUCUGCAUAUUGUUUGACAUGAAAGACUUUUCCAUGAACACAAUGGACUAUCAGUUUGUUAAGAAUCUAAUUUGGCUCCUCUCUAACUACUACCCCGAGCGACUUGGAGUCUGGCUGAUCGUCAACCCUCCGGUUCUUUUUACUGGCUGCUGGAUAAUUAUACGUGGUUGGCUGGAUGAAACCACUGCUAAGAAAGUUGUCUUCGUGAACAAACCAGAACAACUCACAGAAUAUAUUCACCCAGAGAUCUUGCCCACAAAUCUGUUCCACUGAUUAUUUGCUCUGUAAAUGCGUUUUGCAUCAGACUGUAUUACUCAACAUAGAGAAAAUAAA